GGCGCCACCACCAUUUCCCAACGAGCAUUCUUCGCAAUUUUUCAUUUUCAAAGUGAGCACACGUUUCGUGUCGUCAAGACUUAAAAAAUGCGUUACGUGGCUGCUUACCUUUUGGCCGUCCUUGGCGGAAAAGCGUCCCCAGCUUCAGGAGACAUAGAAAAGAUCCUCAGUUCGGUUGGUAUCGAAGUUGAUGGUGAAAAACUCAAGAAAGUCCUAGGGGAACUCAAUGGCAAGUCCAUUGAUGACCUUAUCACUCAAGGUCGUGAAAAACUCAGUUCGAUGCCUGUAGGAGGCGCCGCCGCUGCACCUGCUGCAGCUGCAGCUGCUCCAGCCGCUGCAGAAGAAAAGAAAGAGUCCAAAAAAGAAGAGAAGAAGCAAGAGUCAGACUCAGAGGAUGAUGACAUGGGCUUUGGUCUUUUCGACUGAGGGGAUGAUUAUAAUUAUAAGAUCAAACUUUGUUUUAUAAUAAAGACCUUUUAACAAAA